AUGUCUGAAAAGGGGUCCUAUGUGGUUGGAGUGGACGUCGGAGGUACCAACACCGACUCCGUUCUGGUGGAUGUCUCCAAGACAGGGUCGGCGGCCAUCGUCUCGUCCCACAAGGCUGCGACUACGUCCAAUGUCACGCUGAGUGUACGCGAGACUCUGAAGGUCUUACUGGCCAAGUCGCCGGUAGAUAGGAAACAGGUCUCGGCCAUCGCCAUUGGGACUACUCACUUCAUCAAUGCCAUCAUCGAGCGCGACUCGUCCCGCGUCGAGGCGGUCGCGGUCUUGCGGCUGGCUUCCUACAACUUCUCCGCCGGCACUCCUCCUUUUGUGGAUUGGCCUUUGGGACUGAAGAACAUCAUUCACGGUUACUCGGCCAUCAUCUCGGGAGGAUGCAAUAUCGAUGGAAGUCUGAUCGCCGAAAUUGACGAGGCCGUGGUGAGAGCUCAAGCGGAGACCAUCAAAGCGAAAGGGUUGAAGAAUAUCGUCAUAGUCGGCAUUGGCUCGCCCACUGAUGGCCAAUAUCACCAGGAGCAAAGGGUCCGCGACAUCCUCAGAGAAUCCUUCGGGGCUGAAGUCAACAUUAUCUGUUCUCGAGACGUCGCCGGCAAUGGCCUGCUCGCGCGAGAGAAUGCAUCCAUCCUCAAUGCCUCGAUCCUCAAUUUCGCGCGUAGGGCAGUCCGCUCCUUUGUUGCUGCGAUGAGCCAUGUUGGCCUCCAAUGUCCCCUUUACCUGACCUCUAAUACGGGCCAUCUCUUGACCUUCUCUGAGGCCAUGCAGUUUCCCAUAAGGAUAUUUUCUUCGGGCGCCACUAAUUCCAUCCGUGGUGCGGCCUUCCUGGUCGGCUCGCAAAUUGGCCAGUCCGGCUGUGUGGUUGUUGACAUCGGAGGCACAACGACAGAUGUCGGAUAUCUGCUCCAGAACGGGUAUCCUCGUCUGGCCAAGAGUUACACUGACCUUGCCGGCGUCAAGGUCAAUCUGGAGAUGCCCUCGGUGGAAAGUGUUGGCCUAGGGGGUGGAUCAAUUGUCCAUUUGAGCGGAGACCAACAAAAAGUACUUAUCGGCCCAGACAGCGUGGGUCAUGAUCUCUCGACAAGGGCCCUCUGUUUCGGUGGAAGCGAGUUGACCACAACGGACAUUAUCGUCGCAUCUGGAGAAGUGGCUAUAGGCACAAAGCCAGUAAGCAUACCGGGCAGCAUCAUCGUCAAAACAAAGGACCGGAUGAAGAAGAUGCUCGAGGCAUGUAUCGAUCGUUCGAAAUCAUCUCCGGAUCCAUGUACAGUCAUUCUGGUCGGAGGUGGUUCCAUCCUUUGUCCCAAGGAACUUCAGGGGGUCGAGAAGAUCAUCCUACCCGAGCACGCCGAGGUUGCGAACGCAAUUGGGGCAGCAAUGGCCAAGAUAUCGGGCUCCGCAGAAAUGAUUGUCCAAGGCUCAGAUAUUCAGGGCGGCAUUGCAAAGGUCAAGUCGCAGGCGAUACAGGAUGCAGUACUAAAAGGAGGCAAUCCGACCUCGGUCACGGUUCUAAACGAGGAGGUUGUCGGAGUGCCAUAUGUACAGGAUCAAACUCGCAUUAAAGUCGAGGUGGCAUUGCCAGCAGACCAUGAAAAGGUGCGCGAGGAAAUGUCCCAGCUGGCCGGGAUGGCCUUCAAUAACAAUGUUGCCGAGUUGUUCGAGGAGACAAAGACACAUGAGGUGUCGCCAAACGGUAAUGAUUCGGCCCUCGACAAGAAGAUUGACUUUGGGACCUACUGGCCUCGGGUAACCGAGAAUGGCAUCUGGGUCUUGUCUGAAAUCGACCUCAGGUUUUUGUCCGUCGGCUGUUAUAUUCUGGGAGUCGGAGGCGGAGGAUCUCCGUAUGCUGUCUAUCUGCAGUUGAAACAGCUGCUCGCUGAAGGCGAAACUCUCACCAUUAUGAGCUGCGACGAUCUGAAAGACAAUGACCAGAUUCCCACCGUCGCUGGAGUUGGAAGCCCGGCAGUAAGCAUCGAAAGACCCGGUGGUGACGGUAUCAUCCACGCGGUCAAGAUGCUGUCCGAAGAACUCAACACCAAGUUCACUCAGCUGAUGACGGCUGAGAUAGGCGGAGGCAACGGUCUGCAGCCACUGAUUUGUGGGUCUUCCAAAUAUUAUAACCUGCCUACUGUCGAUGGCGAUCUCAUGGGUCGAGCGUACCCAGGGUUUGAGAACGUCUCAACAUACGUGAUGUCGGACUCGAUCAACGCUCUCCUUCCAGUCACACUUUGCAGUGGUACUGGUCAGAGAGUUCUCGUCCCGGCGAACCAAGCCGAUGAGACAGCGCCUGGGAGAAUGAUCAGGGAUGCAUGCGUUGCUAUGGGGUCCGCUUGUGGAGCGGCUGGAGUUCCCUUAAGUGGCAAGCAAAUGCGAACAAUGGGCAUCCCGAACACCCAUUCUCUUGCAUGGCGGCUAGGUAGGGUCGUGUGCCGUGCACAGCAGUCAGCAUCACUCUCCACAAUUCCGGAAGCCAUCAUCGAAGAAUGUGGAGGAGACCAGACAGCCCGACGGUUGUUUCAGGGCAAGAUCCGAAGCGUUGAAAGUGCCCUCACCACAACAGCCCAUAACCUCGGAAAGGUGACCAUCGAGUCCCUUAGUGAAGGCGAGAUGGAGGGCGAUGCAGACAAAGCAGGAGAUUGGACAGAGGUUGUGAUUCCCUUCAUGAACGAAAACCUUGCCGUGGUGGGUAAGGAUGCUAAAGGAGAAGAGACUGUCCUUGCAACAGUGCCUGAUCUGAUCUUCCUGCUGGAUGUCUCGACAGGAGAGAAUAUUGGUGUCCAAGAAUACAGGUAUGGCCUGAAAGUGACAGUCAUGAUCAUGGCACCGCAUCCAAUCUGGACUACGAAGCGUGGUUUGGAGGUCGGCGGGCCCAGCGCCUUCAACUUACCGUACGAGUAUAGCUCGACCCUCAGAUACACCAAACCCCGAAGUGUGAUUGAGGAGUUUCGACCGAAAGACCAGACUUGA